AUGGCUGACCUCAAUGCUCCCGCGACAACAAGCUCCCAUCUUGGGUGUCGCCUUGGAAUGGCUGGUCAGCCGCCGGGCCGAAAAGCUCCGUCAACAGCUCCGGAAGGAUCAAUACUUGGCACUACCCGCGAGCUGCCCCGCGCUCGGCUGCCCAAUCUUGGCGGGGUGAUUGCACCAGAAUAUUUCAUCCCAACUGCAAAGCUGUUGGCAACUAUUCGAGCCAUGGAGCAUUCAUUCGAGCCAUUGAAGAACGACCUUUUACUACGGGCCGCAUGGGGCCAGGAGGUGGAGCGUCCGCCAAUGUGGGUGAUGAGGCAAGCUGGCCGUUAUCUUCCGGAAUAUCAUGAAGCAAAAGGCAACCGCGACUUUUUCGAAUGCUGCCGCGACCCCGAGGUCGCUUCAACCCUGACGCUCCAACCCGUCGAACGCUUUGCAGGAUUACUUGAUGCUGCAAUCAUAUUUUCAGAUAUUCUCGUAAUCCCACAGGCCAUGGGAAUGGAGGUUGAGAUGGUAGACAAGAAAGGCCCGCAUUUCCCCAGCCCUCUGAAGAACCCCGCGGAUGGCCAAUACGACCAAGUUCUUAGAAGAGAUGUGCAGGUUGCACAAGAAUUAGAUUACGUGUAUAAGGCUAUCACACUUACGAGGAAGAAGCUUGCUGGGAAGGUACCACUUAUCGGCUUCUGUGGUGCUCCAUGGACUCUCUUUUGUUACAUGGUUGAGGGCGGAGGUACCAAGCUGUUCGCCCAGAGCAAAACGUGGGUUUACAAAUACCCAAAGAUGAGCAAAGCGCUUCUACAAAAAAUUGCAGACAUCUGCGUAGAUCACCUGGCCCUACAAGUAAAGGCUGGUGCACAGAUGGUCAUGGUGUUUGAUUCCUGGGCUGGAGAAUUAUCUCCAUCGUCUUUCCGUGAAUUCUCCGAACCCUACUUAGCACACAUUUCUCAAAAGCUACCGAGCAAGUUGAAGAGUAUGGGGCUAGAUUCUGUUCCUAUGACAGUGUUCCCCAAGGGUGCGUGGUAUGCUCUAGACUCUGUGUGCAAUCUGGGAUACAACGUUGUAGGCAUGGAUUGGCUCCAAGAUCCUGAGACUGCUGUCAAAAUUCGUGGAUCACGCAACGUAGUUUUCCAAGGCAAUGCUGACCCUGGUGUCUUGUACGGAACGAAAGAAGCAAUAACACUAGCGGUGGAACAGAUGGUCAAAGGAUUUUGGGUGGGCAAAAAGGGUUGGAUUGCUAACUUGGGACAUGGAAUUACACCUGGCGUUGAUCCCGACAACUUGAAGCAUUUCUUCCAAGAAAUUCAUAGGCUGACAACCAACUAA